CCGAGAUGAUCGAUCGCACCUUGACCUGAACAUGCUUAAGGCGGCUGCGGCUCGGACGCGACUCGCCGUCGUAUCCUCCACGUCUGCACUUUUCGCCCAGUCUACCCUCCUCCAUCUGCCUACCUUGAAACCAUAAACAGCAAGUCUACCAUGGCCGCUAGUGUAUUCGCUGAUCGACCGCAAAAGAAACUGGUCCUCUUCGAUGUCGAUGACACUCUCACCCGGCCGCGACAGACUGUCUCUCCGGAGAUGAUCAGACUGCUUCGUGCAUUGCGCAAGAAGAUGGUCAUCGGCGUGGUCGGCGGCUCGGACUUCGUCAAGAUCUCGGAGCAGCUCACGGUUCAGGGGUCCGCAGCAAUUGACGAGUUUGACUACACUUUUGCGGAGAAUGGUUUGACGGCGUACAAGAUGGCUGUACCAUUGCCGUCACAGUCAUUCAUCAAGUUUGUGGGUGAGGAGCGUUACAAGACUUUGGCGAAGUUCAUCCUGCACUAUAUCGCGGAUCUUGAUAUUCCCAUCAAGCGGGGGACGUUCAUCGAGUUCCGCAAUGGCAUGAUCAACGUCAGCCCUAUCGGGCGCAAUGCAACGUUACAAGAACGGCUUGACUUCGCCGCCUACGAUAAGCAACACGAAGUCCGCCGCGCCUUUGUCGAAGUGCUACGAGAGAAGUUCGCUGAUUACGGCCUAACAUUCUCGAUCGGCGGGCAAAUAUCAUUUGAUGUCUUCCCCAAUGGGUGGGACAAGACAUAUUGCCUCCGACACGUCGAAGAUGAGCAAUUCGAGGAGAUCCAUUUCUUCGGCGAUAAGACAUACAAGGGCGGCAAUGAUUACGAGAUCUAUUCGGACCCUCGAACCAUUGGCCAUGCUGUCUCAGGUCCUCCGGAUACUGCCCGGAUGUUGAAGGAGAUCUUCCUACCGGACUUCCAGUAAUCAGUAUGGCCUAGUAGUAAUCACGGAGACAGUUUGAUGGUGUUAAGUUACAAGUCAUACACCGACAAGACUGUCAUCUGGGACAUACUGAACACUGUACACUGAGGCUGUGAAUUGGGAUGAGAUAGGUAGCUGAUGCUCCCAUGAAGGUGCAUAGAUGCCAGUGUCUGUGAUGUUCUCGUGUCAUAACAACUGUAAUGAGAAACAUGUAUACAUUGUGCUGCCCUGAUGUUGUGCCUAUGCCCUGUUCAAUGUAGUGAGGCCUUCCUGUGGAUGCAGUUCAAGUG